AUGGCUUCCUCUGGUUCUGCACCAUCUGAUGUUAAGAAAGAUUCUAACCCGAAGAUGAACAAAGAGGAGGAGAACAAGGAGAAAGAUGUUUCUGCAAGCUUAGAGAAUGAGAAGCUCAAGAAACAGGAGGUGAACAAGGACAAAGAUGCUUCUGCAGGUUUAGAGAUAGAGGAGGAGGUGUCUUCUGUAAAAAAGAAAAGAAAGAGAGAUGAGGAUGCUUCUGGUAAUUCAGAGGAGGCUUCGAGGAUUCAAGCUCAGGAGGAAAGAAAGAAAAGAAGGCUUGAGAGAAGGUGGAGAAAUACUGAUAAGUAUGAGGCCGAGGCAAGAAAGUGGAACUGGAAGGAAGCCUACGAGCAGGCACUUCGUAGUGUUGCCGACGACAAUGCGUGGUUGGACAAUGAGAAGGCGAGAAUUAAUCGAUUGAAGGAGUUAAAGAAACUUUGGGGGCCUAAUAAGAACCUUAAAAAAGAAGAGAUUCAUGACAUCAAGAGGUGGGAUGCGAUGAAUGAGCAACGGAAGUUCAGAGAAACGAAUCCGGAGCAGAAUGAGCUGGAAAUUAGGGAGCGGGCGUGCUCGGCACUUAAGCCAUGGCAGGGUUUGGAUAAUGUCUUUGACCUUGUCAAAAAAGAGCUUGAACCUGAAUCAGAGUCCGAGAAAGAUAAUCGCUAGGAAUCUCAGGGUCUACGUGAAGUCUGAUGGAGUUGGUGCUUUUGGAGCUUCUAGAGUUCAAGUGAAGUGAAUACUGAAGCUUAUUUCUGCUUCUUCUUCUUUUUUUUCUCAAGGAACUUAUUUGGAGAAAUCAUGGUCGGUAAUAACUUAAAUUUAUGGAUUGUUAUAGGUUGUUGACUUUCUAUGAUCUCUUGUUCUAUGGUCUGUAAUGACUUAAAACUUUUUAUCAC